UGGGACGGGCCGUCUGCGGGGCCCGGGGGGGGAUCCGGCAGGGUGCGUCCCUACCGCCGGAACCUUUCAGGGGUCGCAGUUUGUGGCUGGGUGCAGGUGGGAAGGGCCGCCCUCGCGUCUCCGGGCACGAUCCCUUGCUGCUCACCUCGCCCCGCGCCGCCCCGACGCCUCGAGAGAGUGCUGGUCCCCCCACCCCCGCGCCGGGGGAGCUCACACGGUGAUGCUCAGAAUAAAAACACGAAUUUUAAAGACUCGACUUUCUUUUGUGUGCUCAGUGCCUGCCAGGGAGACGCUGUGCUGAAGGAUGCCUUUUAGCUGAUCAUUGUACUAAUGGGAAGGAGUCCAGGUCAUCCUGAGAAGAGUUGGCUUGUGCAGAGUCCAAGAUACAGCUUUGUUGGAUUUCUGAACCCGGUGGCCUUAGUCCUUCAGGUGGAACAGCUUGCGACAUGGGAAAGAAAACCAAGCGGACAGCUGACAGUUCUUCUUCAGAGGAUGAGGAGGAGUAUGUCGUGGAGAAGGUGCUAGACAGGCGUGUAGUUAAGGGGCAAGUGGAAUAUCUACUGAAGUGGAAAGGCUUUUCUGAGGAGCACAAUACUUGGGAACCCGAGAAAAAUUUGGAUUGUCCUGAGCUAAUUUCUGAGUUUAUGAAAAAGUAUAAGAAGAUGAAGGAGGGUGAAAAUAACAAACCCAGGGAGAAAUCAGAAAGUAACAAGAGGAAAUCCAAUUUCUCGAACAAUGCUGAUGAUAUCAAAUCCAAAAAAAAGAGAGAGCAGAGCAAUGAUAUCGCUCGGGGCUUUGAGAGAGGACUGGAACCAGAAAAGAUCAUUGGGGCGACAGAUUCCUGUGGUGAUUUAAUGUUCCUAAUGAAAUGGAAAGACACAGAUGAAGCCGACCUGGUUCUUGCAAAAGAAGCUAAUGUAAAAUGUCCACAGAUUGUGAUAGCAUUUUAUGAAGAGAGACUGACAUGGCAUGCAUAUCCUGAGGAUGCGGAAAACAAAGAGAAAGAAACAGCAAAGAGCUAAAGGAGGGGGUGGUCUCUGUCAUUUCUCUUUGUAUAUAAUACAUUCACCUCCCUGCCUCCUCUUCCUUCUGCCCACCCCCUUCUAUCCUAAACACAUCCAUAAAAAAUGUGCUUAUCACUGUGCUCCACAGGAGAAAUGUUGGUAUUGGUUCUCUUGUAACAUAACUGAUGGUCUGAUUCAUGAUAAGUGUCUCUCUGUGAAGACCAGGCAUUUACAUACUGUGUGUAAUUCCCACACUUUUUUCCUUUGCCCUGAUCUCUUCCUUCUGCUCCCCUGUGACCUCAAGAUGAGUUUUAACUUUUUAAUCACCUUAGAGUCUUGAUCUUUUCAGGGUUGGUUCCUUUUUAGAUUGGGGGAUUUUGUUGUAAUGAUGAUGAAUUUUGGUUUCUUGCUUUGGUUCUUAGAACAUGUUGAUGACCAGUUAGCUUUUGUUUUGAGAUGUUGGGAUGGAAAAGAUGUUCCCAUCUUUUUAAAAAGCCAAUAGCAACUGCCUACCUGUUGGGGCUUUCCCAACCUCAUUCAGCUCUACCCAGUAGAAUACAGGGUUCCUGGUGUGGUCCUCUGGGCCACCCUCUGUUGUUUAUCCCCACUCAUCCUCCCAGAAUAGCUCCAUCCCUUGGAGGACUUGAAAUUUUACACUCAUAUUUGUUAAGGCGCUCUUAGCCCCAGGACUUUUGGCCUUGCUUGUUAGCAAUCCCUGAUUCUGCUUCUGCAAGGUGGUAUAGUCUGUCAUAAAAUGACAAGAUUAGGAACUGCGGAGAUUUUUUAGCUAUUUGUACAUGAGGAUGAUGGGGUAGGAUACAGUUGUCUUUAUGAUCACAUGUGGUAUAUAUGAAUUUUUCUUUCCAUCCCUCACAUUUGGACUCUAUAUUUAUGUAGGUGUGAGUGACUGCCUGGUGCUUGCUUGUGCCAAGGUGCUAGGCACCCUCCUGCCCUGCCAGCUUUUGUGGCCUCCCAAAGCAUUCCUGGUACCAAAGAGGCUUCAGACCUGACCCUCACUUCUCAGUGGACCCAAGUUUCCCCUCCAUGCCAUUAUUUUCAGUGGGGAGUUCUUGGAGGGGAGCCCUUGGCCACAGUAUCAAUUUUAAGUAUUCAUAGCAUUUAUAGUCAUAAAUUUUCUGCUUUGUUGACUCCUGGAUUUACCACCAAGAGUCUCCAAAGUAUUAUUGCUCUUCCGUUUUUCCACCCUCAAACUCACAGUUGUAUUUUAUUUUUCAAAAUACAUUUUUGUGGAAGACUAUCACCUCAGAGAUACAGGCCCUGGCAUUAGCAUGUUGACACAACCUUUUGUCCCUAUUCAGAAUAUUUCCCUUUUGGCUUUCUCCUGCUUUGCCAUUGUAUUGAGAGAUCAUUAUCUGAUCUUCUGUUUCCAUCCGUGACCCCAAGAAAUGCCCUACUUCUCUUUAGCCAUUUCCUUUUAGUUGGGGGGGGGGGGUGGCUAGAGAAUCAAGACUAAAAAGUAAGGAAAUAGCAGGAUCGUGAGCCUCUAUGUCCCGGUCCAAAGCUGAGGAAUUAAGAAUAAAUGCUUGAAAUAGCCUUAACUCUAGAGUUCACUAGCCACUGAGGUGGUUUUUGUUGUGCUUUUGAUUUUUAAAACAUAUAGCUGUCUGGCCAGGAGCAUUCAACUAUUUCUAGAUUAUUCAGAGUAAUCAGGGGAAUGGAUAGAUUGCUCCAGUCCACAGAUGAGCUGAAUAAUAUGCAAAUCAUAUACCCAUUCAUAGCAUUUGUUACCAUUGCUUUCCUGCUCAGCUGCUGAUUGAAUUCUGUGUGCUUGUAUAAAUUAUGUCAAAAAUUAUACUGCACAGUUGAGAAGACAGCUGUUGCUGCAGUGACAUGACAGACUGGAACAAUGAAGCUUUUGGUUUAAGUCAUCCAGGAAAAUCCUUCUGAAUGGUAAUGUGAUUGGGUGAGAACUCCUAACCCAUACCUCAAGUGGGUAGGAGUUUUUAUCUCUUUCUUUACUCUGGAAGAAUUCAAGGCCUAGAUAAUUGACAGUUGAUUAGUACUUAAUCUGAUGGGCAUCUGAAAGAAAGAAAGGAUGGUCAGGAAACGGAUUUGUCAUACAAGUAGCCAAGGAUAUAAUUAGGGUAGACAAGAAUAAGUCAGAAGUAGGCCAGAGCCCCUGAGGAGGGGAUCUGGGCCUGUUGAUUUGCAGGUGGAGAAAAUGACAGCUUAUCCAUGGAGCCGGUGUGUGUCUCCCAGGAACAGUGGGCCUAUAAACUACAGUGAGACUAUUUUUCAGACCAAAAUCAACAUGUGGACAAAGAACACAAAAGAAUUAGUUUAUGCUGAGAUUGGUUCUGAGAAACCUGGGGCACGUGGUUGCCAUGGUUAUAGGUGAUAUAUAAGACAUUUAUCAAAAUCUGAUUUUCUUUUAACAAAGGAAUUGCCAUCUACUGCUCAUCAGCUGUUUAAUACCUUACUCUUCACUCCAUCUUUUCUGUUCACAGUUUAUUGAAUCAUGGUCUUGUACUGAAUGCUGCCAGAACAAUUGUUGUUUUCUCCCUGCCUACCCACAUUCUAUAGGAAUUCCUACAUUCUAUAGGAACGUAGGGAGCCAGAGGCCAGAAUUCUGACUUGAGCCCUCAGCAAAAGGAAACCACAUACUGGCCUGUGCCUCUGGCAUUUGUUAGUGCUGAGUAGCUAUCCUGGCCCUUGCAGAAUUGCAGCCUCAGAAGGAAACCUAUUUUCAUGGGGCUUUCUCCUCAGAAGGAAGUAGCCCUGGGCUAAAUAGGCACUCCUAAACAUCUAGGUCUCCGGUGCUCAAGCAUGCUUUCCCUGUUUUUACUUAGUCUUCUUUCAAAACAUCUUUCUAAUGCUGAAUUUCUUUUAGUAAUCACCUUUCAAGGAUCUCACUUUCCACCGUAUAGGUAACAGAGCCCUGCCCAGCAAAGUUGACCAAGGUCAGUGUAGCUGCUUUUCUGAGCUCUGCACUGGGCCAAAGCCCUCAUGUUAGGAUUAGCUGUUAGGAACAUCAGCCUUGAUGGAAGCACCUGUUUUUAACCUGGAGAGAGCCAUAUCAUUUUUCCUCCCACAGUCCAGUUUUGGUCUGUUCAAGGAAGCUCUUGGGCCUCUGGUGUUCCUUAAUAUGAAUCUAGGCGGUCCUUGGCUGUCCCCCAGCCAUGGCCGUGUACUGCUUUUUGUUGGUGAUGAAAGGUUAGUUAGUCCUGUUUCCGUAGCUAGGGCAGUUAGGUUCUUCUUAACUCUCUUUGUUCCUGUUCUGUAGCUGUCCUGCAGUCCAUUAUCCUUCUGUUCAGGUCAGAGCCUAGGGCUUUUGGGAAGGUGCUUGGGAUUUUCAUCUUGUGAUUUUGUUGGAUCUGUGUUUGGUCCAGCUCACCUAAGGUACAGUAAGGGGUCAGAGGGAUCUAUCUUGUGUCUGGGCUGGGGAGCAGUUGUCUUUGCCCAAUACUGCUUCCCAAUGACAUGAGAACCACAAGCAUGGUUAAG